AUGGCUCGUGCAGUUCUUUUGAUUGAAGCACUAGAAGUUGAGGACAGAAGAUAUCAAAGCCGUACCACAGCACGAUUGAGACGAAGUCUCAGAGAUCAAGCUAAAGCUUUGGAACUCUCUGACUCUGAGUUUAAACCUCACUACAGACUUUCAAAAGAGCUCUUUCAGGAUUUGUGCACCGAGUUAAAGACAUACAUGGUCACGUCAAGAAGAAAAACAAAAAUUAACGUGGAAUGCAAGGUACUUACAGCACUCUCAUUCUACGCUACAGGUUCUUAUCAAAAGCUUGUGGGCAUGAGAUAUUCGCAUGGGCUUUGUCAAGCUAGUGUAUCAAAUGCUGUUAAAGAAGUGACAAUGGCUUUAAACAAAUAUAAUAUGCUAAAAAAAUACAUACAUUUCCCUGGAACGAAAAGAAAGACAGGGUAUUAUAAAUGGAUAUGUGAUAGUGAUUUAAAUAUAAUAAAUAUAGAUGCUUCUUUUAGUGGUGCUACACAUGAUGCUCAUAUUUGGAAAAACUCUCAAAUAUCACAACAACUGCAAGAGCUUCAUAAUAGAGGAGAGGCUGUCUGGUUACUUGGUGAAUCUGGAUAUCCAUUAAGACCUUGGCUUUUAACUCCAAUUGUAAAUGCUGAACCUGGUAGUGCAUAUGAGCAUUACACUAAUAUGCACUGUCUCACAAGAAACACUGUGGAACGGUGCAUAGGAGUCUUAAAAGCACGUUGGAGAUGUUAA